AUGAUCCACCGACACAUUCGCAGUGAUUGGCACUUCUCACAAGUCAACCGCACAUCAACAACGAGCAAAAACCGCCUAACCCUACCGUUGCAUCACCAUCAAGACUCUGUGUUGUAUUUUCAGAGUCCGAGCGCUUUUGGGCCGGACGUCAGACGGCUCAGCCGACGACAGGAUCUGCACCGAUAUUUGCAGUCGACGCCAUCAGCUCCAUUCUCAGGUUUUAUUCGGCGUACAUCUCAGACGUGUGCACGGGGAUUCCUUUCGGUACGUGCCGGACAAUAUUCGUCCUCUGGAAAAGAUUCAAUACUUGUCGUGACGCCACUGUUCAAGACACUGGCACAUUCCUUGGUGGUCACUCGAGGCUUGCUCUGUCGUGGGAGGAAUAAAUUGUGCGUUACUUAUCUAGUUAGAGAAGUAGCAGCAGGAUGGGAAUUUAAAACGUUGCAUGCUACAACAGCCUCUUUCGUAUUCGUGUGCAUUUUCGUUCACGUGAGUCGAAUUCCCAAUACUGCAAUACAACGCAUG